ACUGAACUCACAUCUACCACCACCAUGUCCUGCAACUCCUGCUCUGGAAACUUCUCCUCCCGCUCCCUUGGGGGCUACCUGCACUACCCAGGCACCUCCCGUGGCUCUUCCUACCCCAGCAACCUGGUCUACAGCAGUAACCUCUGCCCUCCCAGAGCCUGCCAGCUGGGAUCCUCUCUCUACAAUGGCUGCCAGGAGACUUGCUGUGAGCCCAGCAGCUGCCAGACGUCCUGUGUGGUGUCCAGCCCCUGCCAGAGGUCCUGCUACCGCCCCAGGACCUCCGUGCUGUGCAGUCCCUGCCAGACGACUUACUCUGGGUCUCUGGGCUUUGGGUCCAGCAGCUGCCGUUCCCUGGGUUAUGAAUCUAGGAGCUGCUCCUCAUUAGGCUGUGGAUCCAGUGGCCUUAGACCCCUGGGUUAUGGGGGCUGUGGCUUCCCCGUCCUAGGCUAUGGAUCUGGAUUCUGCCUCCCAACCUACUUGGCUUGUAGGAGCUUCCAGUCCUCUUGUUACAGACCAAGAUACGGAUCUCGUUUCUACUGA